AUGAUCAUAGUGACUUUUUAUUCGAAUAUUUACGCAUUAGAAAAAACGAUUUUCACGUUAAGUCGACAAAAUCCCUCAUUUGCCAUUCAUGGAGCUCGAUUAGCUCGGUUGAAACAAAUUCAUAUAAUUGGCUGUGAGGGAUGCGAUUUUCUCGUCGAUUUCACACAACGUGAUUGCCAGAAUCUCUCCGAGCAACAAAAUAAAAUAAUAAAUACGAUUGCUCGAAAUUUCACCGAUUAUUGUCUCGAUCCAUGGCCAUUUUUUGUUGAUGGACAAGAACCGCGUAUGCUUUGUGAUAAUCCAAUGUCAUACACACCAAAGCUCGAUCAACAACUCUAUUUGUGUUCGAUGAGGGUUGAAAAAGAGGGAAUGAUAAAAGUUGAGGCUAAAGAAAAUGUGACACUUCUGGGGCUACAAUUUGCACUCUCUUUUCGUGUCACAAAAUGGGUUAAUGACUCUCAAAAGGCUUUUGUCAUUCCGGCAAGCCUUCACAUUUACACACCCGAAGUGGUCUUCAUUCCACGUGGUUAUCUACCCACUCUUGUGGCCAAUCCUGAUCUUUCAUCUCCUGGUUACUUCGGUUCUCUCGUUGCCCUGUACACGUCGGGUGGAUCGCGAAAUGUAGUUGAUUGUAAAAAUUUUGAGCCUGAUAUCACUUGCACGGACAAUACGCGCUAUUCCGCUUAUUAUGGAUCGGACCCAGGAUUGACGAAAGAUGAGAAAGAUAAUUUGAUGGAUAUCGGACCGGAGAAAAAUAUCUAUUCUCGCACGACUUCUACGUCAAUUUUUGCAAAUCAACUCUGCUCUUUUUGCCUCGUUUUUGUCUCCGGAAUGCCUGGCAAAUACGAAGAGCAACUGGAUUACCCAACCGUUUUCACAUCUUUUAAUUAUCCAUGGGAACUCGAUGAUCCAUCGGAAUAUCCCUUGUGUCAACAAUUCCUUGCCAAUUUCAGCACUGUCGUUCCGCAAAGCCUAAGGCGUGUAUUGAUGAGGAUUGAUUUCUUGGAGGGUGGGACACUGCGAAUUCAAGGAAGCUAUAAUGAUGAUGGAAGUUGUCAUCGAGAAAAACCAACCGAACAGAUUAGCUUCACCGAGCCGCCGAAGGACCAGAUUCACUGGAAGGUCAAUUGUAUAGCGUUAACUUGGUGUCCCGAUCGGCCCUUGUCUAGUGACAGUUUCGGCUUUGUGCUACGCGCACAACAAGACCCCGAUAUCACUCCUGAUGAUAUCGAUUGUGUAAAAACGUUUUAUCUGACCGAUGAUGAACCACAAUUUAUCAGCCAUUCACUAAAUAUCCAAUAUGCGAGAGCCGAGUACGCAAGAUCAGUUUGUGUUCGUCAUAAGCAAUGUGACAUGGGUGAGGAUUGUCGUUUCCUUGUUGACAUUCCACUAACAUGCACUCCGGAAGAGGCAAAGAAACGUUCAAAAAUUUCACCCGUUCAAAUCAAUGGAGGAUAUCCAGAGUUGGAAAAUUGCACAAUAAGACACUCUCCAAACGAUGAGAAAGUCUUCAUCACAUGUCAGACAAUCAUUGAGGAAAGUUUUGUCGCAUUGAGAGUUCAUGACACAAUAGCCUUCCCAAGUGCUGUAUCGGUUCGAGCAAUAAAAGCGAUGGAUGAUUCAGUAGACUCAGUUGUAAUCCCAAGUGAUUUCCUUAUCGGCAAACAUACUCCCGAUACGGUGCUUUUAUCUAUGAAGUUAGAAGCAUCUGAUCUCCCCUUAUGGAUUUCAUUCAUAUUUCCUCGGGCUGAUACUUCCGGCAAAAGAUUACAGAAAUUAAGAUCGGAUCACACCGAAUCGGCUUGUGAGUACAAAUUGGUGUCCGGCCCUCCAUUAGUUAAAGAUUUUCACCCCGAACGAGAAUUAAUGACAUUCAAAGAUCCCGAUCCUUUCAUACCACAAUUCAUUGAGACGAUAUUAGUGAGUGUAUUGGUGCCUGCUGGAUGUACGCCGAGUCUCUCAUUUGUUCAAGCUGUUGCUUACUCGGGUUUUAUUCGGUCGAUAAAUUUGUGUGAUGGGACUAUUAUAAUGGAAUCUCUCGGAUAUCAGAAUCCAUUUGAAUUUCCCAUCGUUGCAAACUUCAGUUCAAUUGAGUACCGGAUUACAUGCAAUUCUUAUCGUGUCAAUAUCAGUGUCGAGGUGAUCUCGAUUGGGAAUGGACAUCUUGAACUCGAUUUUCUUGAAUCAAACAAUGAUCUAGAUUCGAAAAAUGAGAGUUUAAUAUCAUCAACUCAAACGGUUCCUUUUAAUGUGAACAAAUCUAAUAUGACUGGAUUAGUGGCUCGUUGGCGACUCAACCCAUCAUCUCACGUUGAAAUGAUUGGCUGCCUAUUAUUGAUCUCAUUUAAUCGUUCAAUUCCCCCAUCUCUACCCAUAACCACUAUUCCCCCAAGAAUUUCCCCAACUUACCCCGAGGAUACUAAUGUAAAUGGGAAUAUUACGUAUCAUUAUCAUUACUAUAUUAUUGUGUCAAUCUUGUUUAUGAGUUUAGAAAUCAGUAUGCAA